ACUACUGGAUGGCGCUACACCGGUCCGACACGAAAAUGUUUCCCGGAAGAAACACCGACUGCGCUUCAGUUGUUCCGUAAAAGGGGGAAACAACCAAUGCAGUCUUGCUUUACAGCCAAUAUCUGACAUCGACUAGUGAUCAACCUCUCGGCUGGAACAUCGGAGUUCCAACCGCCCUGCACUGGCACAUCCAGCGCGUCUGACCCGGGAGGCAUGAGCAGGGUGUGGGUGUGCUGACCGCCUGGUACCGAGUUCACCUGUUUGUGUUGCUGCCGCUGCUGAUGGAGAACAUCGAGGAUCCGUCGCCCCUCCGGAUCACCCCGACCGUCCGGGCGCUGAGCUCCGCUCUGCGGGGGAAGCGAGACUCCGGCCGGGGGAACGGCGACAGGGUGUUCCCCGAACCGGAGAAGCUCUGGUUCAAGGAGAGCAGCGCGAAAAACCUCCGGAACAGAGACUUCUUGUCGCCGACCACGAUGCUCAACACGCUGUAUGCGGACGGACAGGUCCCUCCAGUGGUGAUGUCCAGAGUCCUGUCCCUUCGUGGCAGUGGUGUCCUCCCUGUAGCCGGUGGGGAGGUGAUGGGUGAGGGUCUGAGGGUGAGGGUGGACCGGGCUGCAGCUUUCAGGACCGUCUUGGCGGGUGGAGCGACUGAAUACCUGAAGCCGUCCAGUCAGAGGCAGGGCUGCGUGGUGCUCAACUGUCCGGCACUGCACCCAAAACCCAACACACCCACACCGGAUACCCUGGGUCUGGGCCAGCUGAGGACGGUGCUGCUGGCCGACCACAUGGGGGCGCUGCUGAGAAGACAGGGAUUUGCAGUUUCCAUCUGCCCCACGCUUCCCAAAGACAGUGACAUCAACGCCUUCCUCCGAGCUCUGGGUGUUGAUUGGCCGACGGCUCCAGCCAACUGGACCAAUGAGGAACGGGAGGAGAAGAUCCAGGAGGCGCUGGAGAGCUCACCAUACAGAGAGCAGGAAAUGGAGAGAGGCCGGAGGACCAGUGGAGGAGGAGUGAGGAGAGCUGAGGAGGGCAAGGACGAGGGAGUGCUGAGGGUCAACCUGAAACGGGCUUUCCAAGAAGAAGGGCUGCUGGGAUAUGACCCCAGCCUCGGUACCUGCACAGUUCACAGAGACAGCAUUUCCCACCUGGCGCAGCUGGACCUCUCCACAUCGGACUGCAAGGUCGCCAUAGUAACGGUGUUGCAUGUGACUUCGUGUCAGGAUGAGUUUCGCCAGCAGCAGAUAGCGAUGCUGUGGAGAGCGAGCGGGGCGACACACACGCAGAGACAUCUAGUGUGUGGGCCUGUGAAGACUCCUGGUUCUAACCUCACUGCUGCACAGUACCUGCAGCUGAGAAGAGGUCAGAUGAAGGAGGCCUCAGAGAUGAAGUAUGGAGAUCAAGUAGAAGGUCAAACGUGGGAUGACAUUAUCAAAGUGAUGACUUCUGCCACAGUCAGAUUUGAGCUGCUGUCAACAGUCCACACAAGUCCUGUGACACUGGACAUCCAGAGGGAAGGAGGCGUGUCGACCAAAGGGCCGCGAGGAGGAGUGUUUGUGAUGUACAACUGCGCCAGACUGCACACUCUGUUUGACAGCUACGAGAGAGGGGUGGAUAAGGGUUUAUACCCAGAAAUCCCUGAAGGCUCCCAGCUGGACUUCUCCUGUCUGAAAGAAGAGGGUGAGUGGCUUCUCCUGUUCAAUUACCUCGUUCCUUUCUCUGAACUGCUGGACCAAUCAGGCCAGGUGCUGGAUUGUGAAGGGGGAGGAGCCAGAGUCAACAUAAAGACUGAACAGAUCUGUAAAUUUCUCGUGUCUCUCAGUAAAGACUUCAGUUCGUAUUAUAACAGAGUCCAUGUGCUGGGGGAGCCUCUGCCUCACCUCUUCAACCAGAUGUUUUGUCGUCUGUACCUGCUGAGAGCGUUGAGGGAGCUCUACCACAGCGCUCUGGACACCCUCAACCUUCCCCCCAUCAGGCAACUAUAGCUUCAACACACUUUGCCCAUCCCACACUGUCAGCCCACCUCCCCAUUCACCCACCAACACACACAUAAAUGUUGUGAAUCCAGGUGACACACCUUUCUGUCAGCGUUACAGCUAAUGAUGACAUUUCAGCUUCCCACUGUGCUGCUUCUGUAUUUCCUUGUCGAUGUAACUGGACAUACUAUUAGUGUUUAAAUAUUUUUUAAAAAUGUCAUUACCCAUUGAUGCUGUCGUGUAAUGAGUGACUUUCCUGGAACAUUUUAGCUGUUUGUAUGCCUAAAACUUGCUUUCCUGCAAAUAGUUACAUAAGAGAAGUUAGACACCACUCGGAUGACUGUACAGUAAGUAUGAAUCUACCGUCAGCAGCUGGUUGACUUAGCUAAGGAUAAAGGCUGAAAAUGGGACUUGGCUCUGUAUCCAGGUGACACAUUCCACACACCUGCACCCUGUAAAGCUCAUUAAUUGAGAUAUUUAUCUUGUUUGCUUCUGAACAAAGUCUAAAAAUUAAAAUUCUGUGUUUUUAGAGGGUUGGACUCUGGAGUUGCCUCAAGACUCACAGAAUGUACUGGUGGUAUCAAUCCUGUCCUUUGUCUUUAAAAGAGAAGGCAGAUUUGGGUCAGACAUGCUGGCGAAGGUUUCCUCUGUAACGCAUACAAGGCAUUAGAGUUUUAACAGGCAAAUGGGCAAUAUCUGAGUUAAUGAAGUUUGGAGACCUUUUCCUGUUGAAUCCCUGCUUUUAUCAUGUGAUCCUACAUUAGACUUGUAUAUCCUUUAGCCCUCUGAACCCCACAAUCUGCCAGCAAGUUUGAAGGGCACGUUUGGUUUUUAAAGAAUCACCCAAAUUAUAUUUUAAAUCAGACUGAGAAACAAAUUAAAAACAUUCAAAAACCAAAAGGUAUCGUGUGGCAUAUGGUUCCAUCGUUAAAAAUAACCAAAUCUAGCUGAAAAUGGUGAUAUUCUAUUAAAAUCUUAUUAUUCUAAAUGUCAUUCCUAAAAAAUGAAAAGAAUAUAAGAUUUGCUCUAUCUAGCUUCUGUAAAAAAAAAAAAAAAAUUCUGCACUCAUUGGUGCAACUGAAAAGCUAUUAGUGACUCGGUUGCGACAGUCACCUCACUAUAAUUCAUGGACUUCUCAGCUCAAGCUAGGCUGAACUGCAGGCUGUGUUUACACUGGGCAGAGAGGAGACGCGUAUGAGAACGUACUAAAAAUGUACACUACCGUUCAAGAGUUUGGGGUCACUUCAAAGUGCCCACAUUUUUGAAAGAAAAGCAGUUUCUUUCAGUGAAGAUAACUAAACAAUAAAUAAACAGUAAAUAAAUUAAUAAUACAGAAACAAAGAGAUAAAAUUUUGUUUAUGGCAUUGUAACUUUCAUGCUAUAAGGACGACAUUUUGAAUUUUGUCUAAGAUGCUAUCAAGAACUUUAGGUUUAACAUCAUGCUCAGAAUUAACAUUAGUGAAACUACUUUGUUUGAUCAUGAAAAAGAAUUCACCUUUUAGAUGAUUUACUAUCACAGUGGAGUAGUGGUUACCACUUUCGCCUUGCAGCAAGAAGAUCCCCGGUUCAAAUCCUGGGCUGGGCCUGGGAUCUUUCUGCAUGGAGUUUGCAUGUUCUCCCUGUGCAUAUGUGGGUUUUCUUCGGGCACUCCGGCUUCCUCCCACAGUCCAAAAAUAUGCUGAGGUUAAUUGAUAACUCUAAAUUGUCCGUAGGUAUGAAUGUGAGUGUGAUUGUUUGUCUGUAUAUGUAGCCCUGCAUCAGACUGGCGACCUGUCCAGGGUGUCCCCUGCCUUCACCCGAGUCAGCUGAGAUAGGCUCCCGCAACCCCAGUGAGGAGAAAGCGGUGUAUAGACAAUGGAUGGAUGGAUAUUAUCACUAUCAGAGAGUGGAAUUUUAUCAUGCCAAAGCCUAAGCAGACGUAGGUGGAAAGGAAUUUGUGACAUGGAAAAAUGCGAUCGAUCAUUCGUUUAUGUGGUCAACAGAGUGUUUCAGAUGGCUGUUAGUAUUCAGUGCAGUGGAGCAUCAGGUCCUCAGGCAGGACACAAGUGAGAUCAGCCCCGGUAGAGGAAGGGAUGGAGACAGAAAAAAGGCUUGUUGGUUUUUUUUCCCCAAAGGUUAUGGGGGUGGGUUUGGGGAAGGGGUCACAUUUCAGUUAUACGUUACAAAUGGAACUGGCGGGCCUGAUUUUGAGGCUUUGUGUUCAUUUCUUCUUGGGUUUUGCCUCCAGGGGCUGGCCAUUGUGCUGUUCCCAUAGAGGUGCAGGACUUUAUAUUGAGUAACAGUGAAUAAAAAAUGCAACAGGAGCAAGUAUCGCACAGAAACUGUUCGGGGCUCAGAGGGUUAAUCCAACAAUCCACAAAGCUAUCUUAGAUUCUAGAGAAUUUUAAUAUGAUUUUGGUGCCAAAAUAGCAUAAAUCCCCCAAUUGUAGUGAAACUUAAUCACCGUUUUAAAUAAAUGGCCUUAUUAUUGUGUUGCCACCCCACUACUUAAUGUCCCUGAAGUCUUUACAACCUAUGUAAGUGUCUUAGUCACUGCCUAAAGCAGCGAAAAUCUCACUGUUUAUGAGCCUUGUUCAACCCCAUGCCAUGUACGUUAACCACCUAUUUAUCAGUGCCAUACAAAUAUUUAUUGUCACUUUUUUUCUAAAAAAAAAAAGCUCUGUACAGAAUAUAUAUAUAUAUAUAUAUAUAUAUAUAUAUAUAUAUAUAUAUAUAUAUUCUGUAUGAGUCUUAAUUGCUGUGUUCUUAUUAAUAUUCAGAACCUUUAUAAUUAGUUAUCCUGCUUGACAAAUCACAGAUGUUAGUACACAGCUGUUUUGACAAAAAUAGUACAUUCGCAGUAUUUAGGGCAUCGUGCCAUAAUGUUAGGAAAUGCAUGAAAUGGCAUGAAAAUAAUAUAUACACGAGUUUUAUGCCAAAAAAUGUUAUUUAUAUAUUUUGAGAUGAUCCUUAAUCAUGUCUGAAAUGUGACCUACCGUCUGUUAAAAUGUGCCAUAGGUUGUUUUAUCUUAUGCUGUAUGUUAAUUUAUACGAUUUUUUUAUGUGAAAAUCUCACAACUGGACAACAAAUAUGUUACAACCUCACUUUUCACUGCAUGAAUUGUUCUUGGACACCUGUAAAUGUUUGAAUCAUUGAAUGAUUUUCUCCUUUGUUUUUUACAUUUUAUUUCCUAUUUAAAAAAAUACAGGGAAAGAGAUGUUUACAAUAUGCUGAUUUAUUCACUGUAACUGUCUUGCAGUCACCACAGUAUUAAAGCAGUGGAUACAAAGAAAAAAGGGAA